AUGGCGCGGCUUUCUGGUCUGCAGAGGGACGUCCUGUCUCUGUAUCGGAAAUGUCUCCGAGAGAUCCGGAAUAAACCUGAGGAUGCGAGGAUCAACUUCAAAAAAUAUGCUCGGUCGGAGUUUCAGAAGCAUCUGGCUGUGAAUAAGAAAGACUUUAGCGCCAUCGAGUAUCUUUUGCGCAAAGGCAAUCGGCAGCUCGAGCUAUAUGCUGACCCGGGAAUUCGCAAUAUCCGAUGA